UUGAUGACUAUCUAGGAUAUAAUUCCCUCUAUUGCAAAACAGCAUUUCAUGGUUUCUGACUAUACAUGUAUAUGUAUAUAUAUAUAUUUUAUGUACAUUUUGAGUUCCUCUUUAUCGUUUGUUCCUAGGGGGUAAUAAAAAAGAGACAUUGAAACUCCCUAGAGAUUGUUUGGAAGCUGAGAAAGUUGAGGAGAGAAAGUGAACAUGUCUGCAAAGUUUGUAUACUCUUUAUCAGAUGAAAACCCAGAUCUGCAGAAGCAAAUUGGGUGCAUGAAUGGACUGUUUCAGCUAUUUGACCGCCAUCAUUUCCUUGCUAAAAGGCUUCCACCACCAGGUCAAAAUAGCAAGCAAGGAGCAAAGCCCACGAUUGCUUCAGAAAAGAUGCAGAAGGUCAAGGAGAAUAACAUGAAGAAGACAUUGAAGGAUAAACAAAGAUUCUCCUUUGAAUCCCCAAGAACCUCUUCCUCUUCCUCUUGUUCUUCUACCUUUUCAUCUGCUGACUGCAGCAAAGCAUCACAAACCAACCGAUCUUCAAUGAGCCAAACCGCCUUCCUGGAGACUGCAAGGCCGGAAAUUGCCAAUUGUCUACACUCCGUUGAUCUCCGUGACGUGGUUAAAGAUUCCAUAAACAGAGAGGUCCAUGGAUUAUCAAUUAAAGCAUCUACCAAUUUGGGAGCAGGGAAGCAUCAGAAGUAUGCACACAUCGAUUCGCCGAGGCCUUUGCAGCCACCAAAACCUGCAAAGACCAGGAACAUCAAUGUUGAUGAAUCGAGUCCUGUUCUUCCUAAGCUUCAAGAUGUUCCUGCGAUGUCCUACGAAUGCACACAGAGAGAUGCUCGUCGGUUCUCGUACGAUGAGAGGGAUGCACUUAACAAUAAGCUUCAAGAUCUCCCGAGGUUAUCAUUAGAUAGCAGGAAAGAACCUAGAAGCUGCCAUGGACAGUCUAGUAUCGUAGCCAAGUUAAUGGGGUUGGAAGCAUUUCCAAGCCCCAUGCUAACCAGUGCGAAUCAAAGUCGACCGAUCAAUACUAGUCAAGACUUGAAAGAUGAUCCCGUCUCAUACUCGUCAAGAAUUUACGAGAACAGGAAGAAUUGGAUUUCCGGUUCGCCGAGAAGUUCGAAAACAGAACCAAGCUCACCCCAUUUGACUAAUACGACCUCAAAGAAACUGGCUGCAUCUAAAUGUCCAAUUGAACCAGCACCAUGGAAGCAGCAGGAUGGAAGCAAGGGUCAAACGUCUGUUUCGAAGCAUAGAGAAACUCCGAUGAAAGCCACAAACUCAUCUCUAACUGUUUUCAGAGAAAUCGAGAAAAGCUUGGCAGAACUCGAAUUCAAAAAGUCGGGAAAGGAUCUCAGAGCAAUGCAGAAGCAUAAACAGAUAUUAGAGACCAGAGAAGAAGGCCAAGCUUCAAAUUUUGUAUCUCAUACAAACAGCAUCGUUGGUGUGUGCUCGGAAGCACCAAAUUUGAGAAAGCUACAAAGUAGCAAUGCAGUUUCAGCAACAGUUAAGGGAACUAGUUCUCCAACACGCCUUAGAUCCCCUAGCACCGUAGUAAAACCAGACAAAAUUAUGGAAAAUGCCAGCAAUUGUACUUCACCGGUACGUAGGUUAAGAAAGCUUCGUUUGAUCAGCCCCGCAGAUAACAGAGCGGUCGACAAGCGAUCAUAUAAGGAUUUGACUCCAAGGCCUAAUUAUCCUAGGGAGCCUUCUAUUCGACUCCACUUGAUGGAUAAGGGCACUGCCAGAACUCCAAAAUUCAACCAAACUUCAAAAGAGCCGUUUCCUACUGCUCAAGAAAAUCCUAAACUGGCAAUGACUUCAGAAACCUCACGCCUUAAACUGCAGAAGAAGAGGCUUGAAUCGGGAAGGCAGUCUCAUUGCACCAGUCCAGCAUCGGCUAGGGGCAGAAGCAGAAGGCAAUCAAGCAGGCUACAAUCAGAACCAGGCUUCCCACAUCGAAAACCGAGGCAUAAAUCUCACAAUUUGCAGAGAAGUGAUGACCAAUCAAGUGAUAUCGGUAGUGAUAUGAGAGAUCGGAGUCAGCAGGGAGAUGCUAGUUCAAUGAGAUCUGAGAGCAAUAUGAGUGCAGCCUCCUAUGGUAACAUUGACGUCACAAGUGCUGACAGAUCCCAAAAACACGAAAAUAGGCAGAUUAAUACAACAGCAAGAUCUAGCAAAGGUGAUUCAGCAGCCGAACCUCCAAGAACUGUGCCGGAACAACCUAGUCCGGUCUCCAUUUUAGAUGCCACAUUUUAUGGAGGCGAAACACCGUCUCCUGUGAAGAAAAGAACAUAUGUUUUUAAAGAUGAUGAGGGUCUUAUCCCUGAUGAAGAAGACUGGAGUCCUACCUGUCUCAGAUUCACUACGGAUUACCCGAAAGAAGAAAACAUCCAGCACUUGGUUCAGAAAGUUGUGAACUUGGGUUCUAUCCGUGAGUGGUCAACUAUCAAUGAAAUUGCACCUGUUUGCAACAGUCCAAAUGCAGACAAUAAAUACAUUGUAGAAGUACUAUUGGCAUCAGGUCUCCUCGACGAACCGGACUCCAGCUUCAUGGCCUACUGCCGUCAUCCGCUGGAUCAUCUGAUCAAUCCCAAAUUGUUUGUUUCCCUAGAAAAAACCAAGGCAAGCAUUAGGCUUGUAGAGGGAAAGCACAUUGGCAGAAAGGUCAAAGAAUCCGAGCUCAUUGAGAAGAACCACAGGAAGCUUAUAUUCGAUGCAGUUGACGAAAUCCUACUCAGAAAAUUUGUGAAGGAAGGCUCUUACAACCAGUGGCACUCCCCAGCAGACGAGGGAACACCGAAAAGACAGCAGCUUGUGAGAGACUUAUGUUCAGAACUAGACAAAAUACAAACUGCACCAAAUAUAAGCUUGGAAGAUGAUGAUAACACUCUGAAAAUCAUCUUAUGGGGAGAAUUAACAGGAUCAAUGGAGUGGACCGAAUGCAGAAUUGAAAUUCCAUGUGUGGGUCUAGAUGUGGAGAGGUUGAUCUUCAAAGACUUAAUAUGUGAAAUUAUCAGUGGUGAAGGACCAAACACACGAGUGCACCCUGGUGGACAUUAUAGACGACUGUUGUUGAACUAGGACUUGGGAUUAUGUUUUUUGUAAUUCUUGGGGACUUGGGGUGAAGGGGAAACACCAGAUAGGAUUAUAAUGUACCUCAAAAUUUCUUCUCUUUUUUCUUCUUUCCUAA